GUUACUGUCAACAUGGUGAUCAAAGUCUUUGUAGCCACAUCUUCAGGAUCUACAGCGAUCAAAAAGAAGCAGCAAGAAGUAGUGGGCUUUUUAGAAGCCAACAAGAUUGACUUUCAGCAAAUGGAUAUAGCAGGUGAUGAAGACAACAGGAAAUGGAUGAGAGAGAAUGUUCCAGGUGAAAAAAAGCCUCAAAAUGGAAUUCCUCUCCCUCCACAGAUCUUCAACGAGGAGCGAUACUGUGGGGAUUUUGAGUCCUUCUUCUCUGCUAAAGAAGAAAAUGUUAUUUAUUCAUUCCUGGGUCUUGCUCCUCCUCCAGGCAUAAAGGAACGUGAGAAGUCUGAUGCCACAGAUGAAACUGAGGCACACGCAGGAGACAAGGCAGAUGAAGGGGCUCGUGAGGAGGAUCAGUCUGCUCAGUCACCAACAGAAGAUCAACAGGAAAGCAAGGAAGAACAUGCAGCACCAAAGGAUGAAGAAGAAGUAAAACAGGAAGAGGGAGAAGUAAAGCAAGAAGAGGGAGAAGAAAAGCAAGAAGAGGGAGAAGAAAAGCAAGAAGAGGGAGGAGAAAAGCAAGAGGCAGAGGAGCAAGAAGAGUCUUAGUUCACUUCCCUAUGACACAUUCUUGAACAGGUUUUCAGGAAGCACAAACUGGAGAAACCCCAUCAAAGAAAACUGAAUCACUCUCUUAAGCAAACCUUCACUACCUUUCAUGCCUAUAGACUUAGGAACAUAUGAAUACAGAGCAGAACAAAGAUGCUGCUCUAUCCUCCCUGUGUCCUUUAUAUAUAUAUUUGGUAUUACAAUUGCUUGUUAAAAACCACGAAAAAAGGGUCUUCUUGUAUCUGAUGUGAUAUUUCACUUGGUUGUUAUAUGUCAGAAUAGUAUUGUCCAUGUCACAUUUUAGAUUGUGAGCUCCUCAGGGCCAGAACCAUGUCUUCCUCCAUGUUUAUAUAUGGCUAAACACAUUGCUGCUACUCAGCAGAUCACUGCACUCACACAGGUGAUGUAUUCAGAGAAAAAGAAAUUCAGCACUGAAAACUGCAAAGAGACUUCAGUCCAGAUACAAGAUAUGUGGGUCACUUCUCUCUCAGCUGGCUUUUGAAAAUGAUUGAGAUUUCCAUUGUACAGCUGUUUAAAUAAACACAUUU